AUGGUUCAAGAUUUUGUUUCUCUACCAAACGCAGAAGCCUAUGCUGUCAAUUGUGGCUCUGUUUUCUCAAUGUUCACCUAUGCGUUCGCUGCCAUAGGUCAAUACGACAUCAUCCCAAUAAAGAAUAUUCCCUCUGUGGAAUCUUGUUACACUCAUCAGUUCUAUGAAUUUAUAAAACCAAACUACGUACUCAAAGGAGAGAAGAAGAUCUGGGUAGUGGGGCCCUUGCACCAAACGACAGUCUUUAAGGAGGCCAGGGAUGAUGACAAGUGCUUAUUGGAGUGGCUAGACAAACAAGAGCCCAACAGUGUAUUGUAUAUAUCUUUUGGAACAACUACUACUUUUUCUGAGGAAAAGAUCAAAGAGAUUGCUCUUGGUUUGGAGCAGGGUGGGGUAAAGUUUAUGUGGGUGUUGAGAGAUGAAGAUAGAUUAGAUAGUUUCAGCAAUGGAUACGAGGGUGAGCUAUCUAAACUUCCAAGUGGGUUUGAGGAAAGUGAUAAACGAGUUUUAGGCUCGGUGAUUAAUGCUAAAGUGAUACAAAUAGUGAAAAUGAGUGAAAGUGGAACAAAAUUGGGACGGAUUUGUGGACUUUUGGGUUCUCCUAGAUCUCCACAGGCAGUGAUUCAGAAUAAAGAGAUGGGUGAACAGUCUGAUCCAGAAAAGGUUACUGAAGACCACCAGCUUUCAGAAAAGAGUCCGCCAGUUGUUAAUGAGCAGCCAGUUCGAGUUCCAUACCCUCAGAGGCUUAGAAAGACUACACUGGAUAAAUAG